AUGUUUUUGGUUGGAGGAUUUAGUGAAUCAAAAUAUCUUCAAUCUAGAAUUAAACAAAAAUUUGAAGAUAAAUUGAAAAUAGCAAUUCCACCCAAUCCAAUUACUGCAAUAGUAAAGGGUGCAUGUGAAUAUGGACUUGAUAGGAAGAUUAUAAGCACAAGAGUAUUAUUAUGGUCAUAUGGAGUUGAAAUUAGUGAUGAAUGGCAAACUGGUGAUCCACUAUCUCGUAAAACAAUAAAUGGCCGAAUCUACAAGUUUAGUUUGAUGGCCAGGAAAGGAACAGAGGUGAAUGUUAACAAAGAAUUUUCCAGUUAUUUGGGCCCUAUUAACCCCAAUCAAACCAGUGGAACACUUCACUUUUUUUAUACCACCAAAUAUGAUGCAACAUAUUGUGAUGAACCUGAGGUGAAAGAAUUGGGUAGUUUUGAUGUUGAUAUGCCUGACACUCAUUUGGGGCUCAAUCGUUCUGUACAAGUAACAUUACAUUUUGGAUCUAUGGAAAUUGUUGCAACAGCAAAGAAUAGAACUACUGGUAAAGUUUAUCGCACUACAUUUAAAAAAAAUAUUAGACAAUUAUAUCAUUCCAUGUCUGAAACAUAA